GAGUAGGAGUCACGCGCACACUUUCCUUCACAUAGAGACAGGAUUUAGGUGACCUGGACAGAUAUUCAGGAGUCUUAACACCUUUGUUUAAACUCAAGAUUUUGCUGAUAGACACCUGGAGACAUUUUCCUUAAAAAAAAAACUUUAAAAAAAAAGAUGGAGAAUGAGACGAGACCGAUGCGGGUGCUGGUGACGGGAGGCAGGGGCCUGGUGGGGAAAGCCAUAGAGCGUGUGGUGAAGCAGGAAGGAGGAGCGAAAGAAGGAGAGGAGUGGAUCUUCAUCGGCUCAAAAGAUGCAGAUCUGACAAGCACAGCUGAGACGAGGGCCAUCUAUGAGAAACAUCAGCCAACACACGUUAUUCACCUCGCAGCUGUAGUGGGCGGGCUCUUCAUGCACUUGAGACAGAACCUAGAUUUCCUGAGGAAGAACCUGUCCAUCAACGAUAACGUGCUGCAAAUGGCUCAUGAGUUUAACGUGGUGAAAGUCGUCUCGUGUUUGUCCACGUGCAUCUUUCCGGAUAACACCACAUAUCCCAUUGAUGAGACUAUGAUCCAUAACGGUCCUCCUCAUGACUCCAACUCGGGUUAUGCUCACGCCAAGAGGAUGGUUGACGUAUACAACAGAGCCUGUUUUCAGCAGCAUGGACGGCGAUACACAGCUGUCAUUCCUACAAACAUUUUUGGCCCAUGUGACAACUUCAGCAUCGAGGACGCUCACGUUGUUCCUGCACUCAUCCAUAAGACUUACCUGGCAAAGAGGGACGGAAAAGCCCUGGAGGUUUGGGGUUCUGGUCGAGGACAACGUCAAUUCAUCUUCUCUGUAGAUUUGGCACGUCUUUGUGUUUGGGUGCUGAGAGAAUACGAUGAAAUCCAGCCCAUCAUUCUCUCAGUUGAUGAGAAAGAAGAGAUGACCAUUAAAGAUGCUGUUGAUGCGAUUGUGAAAGCUUUUGGCUUCACAGGACCUGUGAUUUACGACACAAGCAAACCUGAUGGUCAGCUGAAGAAAACAGCGAGUAACGCUAAACUGAGACGCUACCUUCCUAAUUUUACCUUCACUCCAUUUCAUGAAGCAAUGAAGGAGACGUGUGAUUGGUUUGCUGCUAAUUACGACAGCGCACGCAAAUAAUUAUUGUGCGAUUCUACAAGCCGCAGAGUGACGAGCUUUCUACACUUUAUCUGUAUGUGUUGUUAAUUCGGCUGUGAGCAGUCUCUCAAUCAAGAAAUCAUCUAGGAAAUGUGUUUAUAAAUCUGUUUUAAUCACCACGAUGUGCCUUUUACUAUGUAAUCACAAUAAUAUCAAAAUAAAAUUCAACUUUGAUUUGCAA